AUGCCCCGCGCGCCCCGGCUCUGCGCGCUCUGGCUGUGCGCCGCGCUCUGCGCCGCCGCCGCCGGCGCCCCCCAACCCGGCGCGCCGCCGCCCGCCGCCUGCCCCGGCCCCUGCCACUGCCAGCGGGACGGUCUCCUGCUGGCGGCCGACUGCUCCGAGCUAGGGCUGACCGCCGUGCCCAGCGACCUGCACCCCCUGACGGCUUACCUAGACCUGAGCAUGAAUAACCUCACGGAGCUGAGCCCCGGGCUGUUCUCUCACCUGCGUUUCCUGGAGGAGCUGCGGCUCUCUGGGAACCAUCUCUCCCACAUCCCGGGGCAGGCCUUCUCCGGACUCUACAGCCUGAAGAUCCUGAUGCUGCAGAACAACCAGCUGAGGGGCAUUCCCGCCGAGGCGCUGGGGGACCUCCCCAACCUGCAGUCUCUGCGCCUGGAUGCCAACCUCAUCUCCCUGGUCCCGGAGAGGAGCUUCGAGGGGCUGUCCUCGCUUCGCCACCUGUGGCUGGAUGACAAUGUGCUCACGGAGAUCCCCGUCAGGGCGCUCAACAACCUGCCCGCCCUGCAGGCCAUGACGCUGGCCCUCAACCGCAUCAGUCACAUUCCCGAGCGCGCCUUCCAGAACCUCUCCAGCCUGGUGGUGCUGCAUCUGCAUAACAACCGCAUCCAGCAUCUGGGGACGCACAGUUUCGAGGGCCUGCACAGUCUGGAGACACUAGAUCUGAAUUACAACGAGCUGCAGGAGUUCCCCGUCGCCAUCCGGACCCUGGGAAGGCUGCAGGAGCUAGGGUUCCAUAACAACAACAUCAAGGUCAUCCCAGAAAAGGCCUUCAUGGGGAACCCUCUCCUGCAGACUCUACACUUCUAUGAUAACCCAAUCCAGUUCGUGGGAAGGUCGGCGUUCCAGUACCUGCCCAAGCUCCACACUCUAUCUCUGAACGGGGCCACAGACCUCCAGGAGUUCCCGGAUCUGAAAGGCACCACCAGCCUGGAGAUUCUGACCCUGACCCGCGCGGGCAUCCGGCUGCUCCCACCGGGGAUGUGCCAGCAGUUGCCCAGACUCCGAGUCCUGGACCUGUCUCAUAAUCAAAUCGAGGAGCUGCCCAGCCUGCACCGGUGUCAGAAGCUGGAGGAGAUGGGGUGUGGAGCAGCGCCAGGCUCCUCGCCGAUGGGCUCAUCCACAUUCUCUCCUGCUAGCGGCCUCCAGCACAACCGCAUCUGGGAAAUCGGAGCCGACACCUUCAGCCAGCUCAGCGCCCUGCGUGCCCUUGACCUGAGCUGGAAUGCCAUCCGGUCCAUCCACCCUGAGGCCUUCGCGACCCUGCACUCCCUGGUCAAGCUGGACCUGACGGACAACCAGCUGACCGCCCUGCCCCUGGCGGGCCUGGGGGCCCUGAAGCACCUGAAGCUCAAAGGGAACCCGGCUCUCUCUCAGGCCUUCUCCAAGGACAGUUUCCCGGAACUGAGGAUCCUGGAGGUGCCCUACGCCUACCAGUGCUGUGCCUAUGGCGUCUGUGCCAGCUUCCUCAAGGCCGCCGGGCGCUGGGAGGCCGAGGACCUACACUCCGAAGAUGAGGAGACUCCGAAGCGGCCCCCCGGCCUCCCUGCUGGGCACAGCGAGAGCCACUACGACCUGGACCUGGACGAGCUCCAGCUGGAGCUGGAAGACUCAAAGCCAACCCCCAGUGUCCAGUGCAGCCCCAUUCCAGGCCCCUUCAAGCCCUGCGAGCACCUGUUUGAGAGCUGGGGCAUCCGCCUGGCCGUGUGGGCCAUCGUGCUGCUGUCGGUGCUCUGUAACGGGCUGGUGCUGCUCAGCGUCUUUGCGGGGGGGCCCGUGGCACUGCCCCCCGUCAAGUUUGUGGUGGGCGCCAUUGCCGGUGCCAACACCCUGACGGGCAUUUCCUGCGGCCUCCUGGCCUCCGUGGACGCCUUGACCUUUGGCCACUUUGCCCAGUAUGGAGCCCGCUGGGAGACGGGGCUGGGCUGCCGGGCCACAGGCUUCCUGGCCGUGCUCGGGUCCGAGGCGUCGGUGCUGCUGCUCACGCUGGCCGCCGUGCAGUGCAGCGUCUCCGUCUCCUGCGUCCGGGCCUACGGGAAGGGCCCCUCCCUGGGCAGCGUCCGAGCCGGGGCCCUGGGCUGCCUGCUGCUGGCCGGGCUGGCCGCGGCCCUGCCCCUGGCCUCCGUGGGGGAGUACGGGGCCUCCCCGCUCUGCUUGCCCUACGCGCCCCCCGAGGGCCAGCCGGCCGCCCUGGGCUUCGCCGUGGCCCUGGUGAUGAUGAACUCCUUCUGCUUCCUGGUGGUGGCGGCGGCCUACACCAAACUCUACUGCGACCUGCCGCGGGGCGAGCUGGAGGCCGCGUGGGACUGCGCCAUGCUGCGCCACGUGGCCUGGCUCAUCUUCGCCGACGGGCUCCUCUACUGCCCCGUGGCCUUCCUCAGCUUCGCGUCCAUGCUCGGCCUCUUCCCGGUCACCCCGGAGGCCGUCAAGUCGGUCCUGCUCGUGGUGCUGCCGCUGCCGGCCUGCCUCAACCCGCUGCUCUACCUGCUCUUCAACCCCCACUCCCGGGACGACCUGCGCCGCCUCUGGCCCUGCACCGGCCCGCCAGGGCCGCUGGCCUGCGGGGCGGCCGGCGAGCUGGAGAAGAGUUCCUGCGAUUCCACCCAGGCCCUCGUGGCCUUCUCCGACGUGGAUCUCAUCCUGGAGGCUUCCGAGGCCGGGCAGCCUCCUGGCUUGGAGACCUACGGCUUCCCUUCGGUGACCCUCGUCUCGUGCCAAAAGCCAGGGCUGCCCAGGCGGGAGGGACCCGAGGGAGCCCACUUUGGGAACCCACCGCCCUCCGUGGACGGAGAACUGCUCCUAAGGGCCGAGGCCGGGCCAACAGGCGGGAGCUUGUCAGUGGGCCGGGGGUUCCAGCCGCCUGCCACAGCCUUCGCCUCACCCUUGUAAAUGUUCCUCCUCGGUCUUCUCAUCCCCUCUCUCCCCUCCCCUCUUCCCCCCUCCACAAAUGAUGGCUGCUUGUCAAAUAGACACAACCAAAGCUCAGCCGUGUGGUCCAGGGCAGGCGGGCCCACUCCCUGGCGCCUUUGGUCUUCUCUUCCGAGGGUGCUUCUGGGCCUGCUCUGCCCUGGGCCUUCCUCAACGCCACGUUCAUGCCGGACCUCUUCCCCGCCCCCUCCGGAGCUCCCCAGCGAGAUCUGGGCCUUUGCUUAAGGGAAACGAGAGCACCCAAGAGCACGCCUGACGCACUGAGCUGUUCCUAGACCAGGGUCCAGUGGCCGGGACCACCAUCUCCCCGAGAUCCUGCAGGGGCCACACACUGGGCUCUGUGUCCCGUUUCCCAGGAGAUCUGCCUAAUCCAGUGAGUCUGGGGAGACACUGCAGGGUCUGUCUCUUGUUUCCCGGAGUCACAGCAGGUGUCCGUGCAGUGAAAGGCGCGGAGAGGGCCACAGCCGUAAAACCUGUUGGACUCUGCCGAACCCAGAUUUCCCAGAUUAUUUGACGACAGGGUUUUGUAUGUUCGAUUUUCAUGGAAGAGCUUAAUAGCACGUGAGCUUUAGCUCUGCUCACCCCCCGGAGCCUCUCUCUACCACUGAAUGCUAUACCCCAGUGACCUCGCAGCAACAUGCACCGAUCCUUAAAAGCUCUGAUCCCGUGGACUUGAUCUCGGAGGAAACGGAGGAUUUCAUCAAGUGGAAGAUGAAACGUCUCCUUCCUCUUGUCUUGCCCGAGGCUGCCUGGGGAGUCUCAUUUCAGUUUUUGCCUCGGGGAAGGUGGAAGGUGUUCGCACCCUCUCCCAGGUCCCUAAAGACACCCCUGCCCUCAGUGAGAAGGUGGGCUCCGGGAUCUUGGAAGAAGUCUACGGCUGCCCGGCUUUCCUCUACCUCCGAGCUGCCUUCCUUGCUUCUUCACCAGCCGGCCCUUGCUACCUCCCGCCACAUCCUGGCCCUCUCUCCUCCGAGGGACAGAGAGUCCUAAACUGGCCAAGCAGAGGCCUAUUGGAGUGCUACCUUCUGAGCUGUAGGAAACCUGAGAUUCCCGGGUGCCCCGCAUGGCCGUGGCCUUGUGCCUCUCUCCUCACCUUUCUUCCCACCUCGCUGUGGACCAAGUGCCUCAGAGCAUUUCUAGAAUGCUCUCUCUCCCCAAGCACACAUGCACAUUCAAGAGCAGGAUGAGAAGGAGCACUCAGGAGGAGCUGGAGCAUGCUUACAGAGGUCCCAGGUGCUUCCUGCGGACGUCAGAAGAGUAUCCAGGGGCCAGGGAUGUGGCCCAGUGCAAGCACUCUUGUGAGGUCCUAGGUUCAGCCCCCAGCACUAAACAAAGAAAAGAUAGCAUGAGUCCAAAGGUGAGAAAGGGCUGAGACUUGUUCCCGGGCAUCCUUCCCCUCCUGGGUCCUCUCCAUCUCUUAAAUCACGACAGGAGUCUUAAUACCUGAGAUCCAAAGGAACACAGCCUGAAGCUAGUCUGAGGGUCAGCACCCCCAAGCUCAGCUUCCUCUGUCUCCCUGUGCCCCCAGAGCCCAGGAGGGAUUCUCAUGGGGCUCAGAAAGGCAGCUUGGCUGCAGUGCUGAGGUAGAGGCCAUAGGGGGAAUGGGUCCACUUCCGAAUCGCUUCAGAAGUCUGGACUCCUGGACUCGGCAGCUGACUGUGCCUGCCCGUAAAGGAGUACAGGGAGAGCGUGGACCUUGCUCACGAUGGCAGUCACUGACCCCUGCUUGAGGACUCUGGUCUUCCUAUUCCCCAGAGUGGAGCAGAGCCUUCACUGGGGGGGGGGGGGGGGGAGUUUCUUCGACUUCGCAGAAAUGUCUGACUCUCCCAGGGAGGGGCGUUCUCUCACCUGCCGGGUGCGAAGGCAACAUUGGGAUGACUUUCGGGAGUCUCGAACCCAGGAAGUCACCCAGUCUCUUUCUCCCAGUGCUGUCACUGUCCGUGUGGUCAGGAGGCCAGUACCAAGUGGAUGGUGACCUGACCCCGUGUGGGAGGGGUGGCAGUUGGCAGAACAGGUCCCUGCUGUGACAAAGGGACCGGUGGGUGGGUUUUCGCUGCAGGACUCAGCCGACAUCUACUCCAGAUAUGGGCUUCUGUCAAAGCUGGGGGGAGCGGGGAGGAGAGGGUGGGAGUCGGCCAAGAACUAGCUUCAGAAUUCAGAAGGCCCCGUUGCUGCCACACAUCUCCCCAAAUACGGCAGCCAGUCAGUAAUGACUCCCGUGGUCAGUGCCAUUGUCAUUGGUACAAGACUGUGGUUGUGUAUGUCUCUGGCUCGGUACAUCGUCCAAACCCAACUCAGGCAAUAAGGCAGAUGUAUUUUAUCUGGUCAACAAGCGCUUCCAUAGUGGUGUCCAUGGGGAGUGUCCAUCUGAGGGUCCUGGGGUGUAGAAGCCUUGGCCCCUGCUCUCCUCUCUGAGCUCUCUUGGGCUCAGGGCGUUGAUGGCAAACCACAGUCUCUUCUCAGACUGACUUGUGGGGAAGAACUUCCUCCCGUGGGUCAUGGUCUGGAAAGCAUGUAGAGUUUCAAAGCAAAGUGUACACAGCGAGAGGAGAACCCUUGGAUUCGGUGUAGAGAUGUAAAGAGGAUGGUUUCACAGAGCCUUUAGCCGGGCCUCCUCUCUGCCUUCCUCUCCCGACUUUUCCUUUCCCAGGAGGAACAAAAUGCUUCAGGAUUGGGGGAAGUGAAGGAGGAAGGCCUAAGUGGAGACAAGGAGAGGCAGCCAGAACCCUUGAUCCUUUCUGCCACAUCUCCUGUAACUACCUCUGCUCUGGUAUAGCAAGAUCUCCCACCCGACACCCCCUCUGUCACUUCUGGGGUCCUGUCCAUGCCUUCUCCAGCUGUGUGAAGUAUACAAAUUGUCAAGAUGUAAAUAUUUGGAUUCUUUUGUGUAAUAAAGCCCCAGUGGAAGAUCACGUGUGUCGCUCUCUUUUCUGCUACCACGGUGGGGCCAUGGCCAGUGGCCAGAGAUGGCCCUUAGGGGACAGGAGGAAUCCUAUCAGCCUUCUGUUUCAACCUGUCUCCUGAGUCCUGGGCUAUCUGAG